CGGCGCUUCCGCGAGUGUGGAGCUGCGGGAUGGCUGCGCUGCUGCUGCAGCUGCUGGGGCUCGGCGUGGCGCUGGCUGCAGCCGCGCUCCUUCUGGUUUCUAUUGUCGCCUUUAUAACGGCUACAAAAAUGCCACCAUGUCACCAACACGAAGAAGAGAAAUUCUUCCUCAAUGCCAAAGGUCGGAAGGAAGCUUUACCCAGCAUCUGGGACUCACCUACAAAACAGUUGUCUGUUGUCGUGCCUUCUUAUAACGAAGAAAAACGGUUGCCCGUGAUGAUGGAUGAAGCCCUGAACUACCUAGAAAAGAGACAGAAACAUGACCCCACGUUCACUUAUGAGGUGAUAGUAGUUGACGACGGCAGUGAAGAUCAGACUUCAAAGGUCGCUUUAAAAUACUGUCAGAAAUACGGAAGUGACAAAGUACGAGUGAUAACACUGGUGCAGAACCGAGGGAAAGGUGGUGCCGUUAGGAUGGGUGUCUUCAGUUCUCGAGGAGAGAAGAUCCUCAUGGCAGAUGCUGAUGGAGCCACAAAGUUCCCAGAUGUUGAGAAACUAGAAAAGGGGCUGAGCGACCUACAGCCGUGGCCUGAACAAAUGGCCAUCGCAUGUGGGUCCCGAGCUCAUCUGGAGAAAGAAUCAAUUGCCCAGCGUUCUUACUUCCGUACUCUUCUUAUGUACGGCUUCCAUUUCCUGGUAUGGUUCCUUUGUGUCAAAGGAAUCAGGGACACACAGUGCGGAUUCAAAUUACUGACCCGCGAAGCAGCAGCCCGGACCUUCUCAUCUCUGCACAUUGAACGAUGGGCAUUUGACGUAGAACUGUUGUACAUAGCACAGUUUCUUCAAAUCCCUAUAGCAGAAGUUGCCGUCAACUGGACAGAAAUCGAGGGUUCUAAGUUAGUUCCAUUUUGGAGCUGGCUACAGAUGGGCAAAGACCUGCUUUUUAUCCGGCUUCGCUAUCUGAUGGGUGCCUGGAGGCUUGAGCAAACAAGGAAAAGGAGUUAGUUUUUCGGCAGGAUUGGACUGCAUUUUUACCUACAGUGUCAAGCAAUUUCACUUGAAAUCAAGAUUUUCAAUAAAGCUUCAAUGGACUUGUUCUUACUAUCCGCCUUUGUAUAUCCUUAAGGAUUAACUUCCAUGAGGAAACCAUGUGAUAUCUUUUUUAAAUAUUUGUGUCAUAAGUUAGAUUUUCAUUUGUUUAGCAGUCUGUAUUUUGGUUCCUGUCAGUAAGGUACUGAGAUGGACACCUUGAGAAUGAAGACAGAAGCAGUUUCUUAAAGGUGCCUACACAACUUUUACAAUCAUGAUUAAAUCACAACCCUGUAGCAGUCAUUUGAAAAUGAAGUUGGCUCUGAGUUUAAAUGCAGGUUUACCUGUUGUCAAAGAGACUUUAUUUCUGACUGGGAAUGCUAGGAAAUUGUAAUAAAGGUGUGAGUGUG